CAGAGCUGCCAUCCAUACCCACAACUUUCAAAAUCCUAGGGUCUGGAGCUGGGUGGGAGCUGGGAUUCACUGUGGGAGGCAGCUGAGUUUUGUAGCUCCCUGAGGGAACAGAAAUUUAACAACAUGGCAACUAGGCGUCCAAAGUGAAAAAGCAAAUCUGUUUGUGAAGUGUGUAUGCCCCUUUCCUGCAAACUGCAGCUCUGGGCUAGGCAGCGUUGCUGGGAUGAUGACAAUAUUACUCAGUACUUAUCUAGAAUCUUUCAUCCAAGGAUCUCAAAGCAUUUUGCAAAGGCCUCUGCACAUUACAAGGAGAAGGUACCACCACCAGCAGCAGGUUGAGUGAAAAGCAAAACACCAAGUGGCCUCUCAACUGAAAAGAGUCCUUCUGUCCAUACACAUGGCAACACAUGAUGAUUUCACAGCAGCUAAGUACCGAGCCCCUGUUGCGGUGUAUUGUGGGAGUGUCCCCAAAGUCAAAUCCGGAUACAGAUCGCUGCGAGGGGGAAGCAUUGAUUCAAACUUGGAGCUGUAUGGAAGCAGAUGGAAGACAGCAGAUGAAGCCUCUCUUCAGUCUGUACUGAAAGUCCAGAUGAAAAAACAGUCGUGUUUGUGGAGUGGAGAUGGGGGCCUGCCUUAUCCCAGAGCCAUUUCCUCUCUGGAGGGCUUGGACAGCCCCACCUUGAAACAGGAUCCCAAAGAACUGGAGGUGAGCAGUGCGGCCAUGGAAACUGCUCAGAUCAAGGACAAACUUAUGAAGAGGAGGAUCUCUGAGGGCUUAUUUGCAUCACAUAGAGGCUUGCUUGACUCCAGUGGCCCUAAGGAGGUUGCCUUGAAGCCAGCUGUUUCCAGAUCUGCCUCUCAAAGGCUGCUGCUAACUUCCAAGCCCAUGCCUCCCAUUCAGAGCAUCCCUACCUCCCCAGAGACCAAUAGCACAGAUGAAAGGGAGCAGAAGACUUUGGAGAAUGGCAUAGUCAGCUGGGGCCCCGGUGAGGCCCACACUGAGCUGACUCCAACUUCCCAAGAGACUUCCCAGCACUACCUCCAUUGCAAUGAUGAGAAGAUGAGGAAGUCAUUAGGUUCUGCUUUGAUUCCACCUAUUCCCAAAUCAGUGAGACCACCUGAUGGAGACUCUGUCAAUUCUCCAAAGCCGCUAUCAAGCUCUCAGCAAUUGGACCAGGCUGCUCUCACUAUACAGGAGUCUGCUGAGAUAAGGUCAAGGCCAGACAGCAAUGCUGAGGAGAAGAUCCUUAAAUCUCUGGGGAAAAAUCUUUAUUUUCACCCUUCUUCAGCAAUCACAGUGGCUCCCCAAGGGCUGCAAAUUGAGCCGUUUCCCUCACUCAGUAGAUCUGUAUUUCAGGAAAUGUCAUUUCUACAGCAGAUGCAAAAAUCCAGAGUACCAUCAAUCUGUUGGUGCUGGUAUGCUGCUUGCUGCGCUAAUAUAUGCCAGGCCAAGGAGACAGGACCCCUGUCGAGCCCUCAUCUUUUAAAGGGUGAUGAUCGGAAGGAGAACAAUGGAAGGAUCCACGUGACAAUAUCCAAGUCAGCUCAGGAGAAAAUGCGCCAGAAGCAAAUGAAAGAAAUAGAGCUUUUGCAUAGUGAGAGGGAGAAGGAAAAGGAGAGAGAGAAGGAAAGGUCCUUGCAGCUCCAUGAGCAAUUGCAGAACGUUGACACAGGGUUUAUUGCUCAGGAAGUCCCCACAGGUUUUGGCCUGCUUAACACCAAUGGGAUCAUCUCCGUUACACCCAAUGUGACUAACCCAUGCAGAACCAGCGUUGGUAUUGCCUUAAAGAAACGGGUCAACAGGCCAUCUCUGCCUAGUAUCUCCAUAAUCAAUCAUGACAGCAGCUUCAUACGACACUCAUCAGCUAACUCCCUGCCAGCAAACACUCUGGAUUCUCCAGAGGGGGAGGAGGAGUCUGAAAGUGGGGAAGCCUUGGAGAUGAGACCCUUCUCUUACCCGGAGCAAGGGCUGGUUGAUGCUCUCAAGUGGCUCAAUAGCAAUGACUGGCCACUGAAGGAGAAAGGACUUUUCAGCAUCAAAUGCCUGGCUACCUGCCAUUCAGAAGUUCUCCUUUGUCAGCUUCAUGAUGUUUCCUUGGCAGUUACCAGAGAGGUUAGCAACCUCCGCUCAAAGGUGUCUCGCUUUGCUAUCAGCGUCCUUGGCGAGCUCUUCAGGACCAUGAAGAAGCACAUGGACCCAGAGGUUGAGGAGAUUGCCCGGGUCCUGCUCCACAAGACAGGAGAUUCCAGCGAAUUCAUUCAGAAAGCAGCUGAUCGAUCCCUGGGCAUCAUGGUGGGGAGUGUGACUCCCAUGCGAGCAAUGGCUGCCCUCAUGGCCGGUGGAGUAAACCAUCGUAACCCCCCUGUUCGAAAGUGCGCCGCUGAACACUUACUGACUGUCAUGGAACAGAUUGGGGCUGAGAAACUUCUGUCAGGCACCAGAGACAACACAGAACUACUGGUCCAGACUCUGGUGAAGCUUGCUCAAGAUUGCAAUCAAGACACUAGGUUUUAUGGCCGGAAGAUGCUGAAUGUGCUGAUGCCUCAUCCGAAAUUCGAUGGAUAUUUGAAACAGUCUCUCCCAUCACAUAACUUGCGGAAUGUUAUGGCAACAAUAAAGCAGAAAGGGAUGGAAGACAAUGUAUCUGAACCUCCUUCUGCCAAAGGCCGCAGGGAGUCUAGGAACAGCAGCUUGACUACCUCCCAGGACAGUCUGCCUUCCAGUGAAGGGUCCAGAUCAGACACCCUAGCACCAACACAGCCGGUGGUUCGUCGCUCAUCUCUCCGUAGUGUGGAAGCGAUGGAGCAGCUCAAGGAGCUGAACAAACUCCUGAUGGCCAAGGAGUUUCAGACACGAAUGGAGGGAGUGACGCUCCUGGUGGAGCAUUGCAGGAACAACCCCCAGUUGGUCUCCGCAAACAUCAUCCAGAUUUUUGAUGCUUUUGCCCUCAGACUUCAGGACUCCAACAAGAAAGUGAACCAGCACGCGCUAGAGUCAGCUGCCUCCAUAAUCCCUAUCCUCAAAGAUGGCUUACACCCGGUCGUGGUCUCCAUGGUGACGGUUGUCACUGAUAACUUGAACUCUAAGAAUUCUGGGAUUUAUACUGCAGCAGUGAGGGUGCUGGACACAAUGAUCGCUAACCUAGAUAAUGCGUUGCUUCUACAAGCAUUUGCCAGCAGAGUGCAUUUCAUCAGUGGUCGAGCCAUGCAGGACAUCACGGAACACCUGUCAGCGCUUGUAUCUUCUGUCUACUCUCGGAAACCCCAGGCUGUGGAACGUCACACCCUGCCUGUUCUCUGGUAUUUCCUGAACAACAUGAUCGGAAAUGGGGUGUUACCUGGUAGAAGCGGGAAUGUCAGGACUGUGGUCUGCAGGCUUGUUAAAAGCCUGUACAAAGAGAUGGGACGCAGCCUAGAGGAUCAUGCUUCCAGCCAACCACAACAUGUGAUAAAAUCUCUCCAGGACCUUUUAGACAUGGAACUCCAGUGAAGGAGGCACAGUAGCCUCCAGGACAGUUUACAGUGUGGCACUUGAUGAGGUGGAUAAAUGAUGUGGUGGACAUUAUACUGGCAAUGAUUUUAUUCUAUGUUUUUGGAGGAAGGAAUAAGUUUAUAGAUCUAGAUGUAUAUAGUAUAUUAUGAAGUAGAAUUAAACAAAUCGCGUAUUUUUAUAAGGUUUUAUUUCUUCAGUGUUUGUUCCUGAGAGGUUUUACAUAGCUCUUUUAAAAACAAUAAUUAUGUAUAAAUGUUGUGAUUUGUAAUUGUGUAAAAAAGAAAAUAAUGUAUCUAUACACAGACAUGUUUAGGGAAGGAGAGAUGGGCCUUAGACACAAUGAGAGAAGGGGGGGUGGAUGAUUGGGCCCCAGAACCAGGGCUGGCUCCAGGUUUUCUGCUGCCCCAAGCGGUGAGGAAAAAACAAACAAACAAACAAAAAAC